CACUAGAGCGGCAGAUAUUCCAUCUCGGACUGUAUAAAAUUGUACCACUAGACGCAUAUUGUGUUGGCAUAGUGGUUCCAUUCCAUAGGCAACUAACCAAUCAAAGACCUUCGUGAGUGUUGAGCGAGAUGCGCGUAUUUACAGUCUUCUAAUAGCGUUGGCAUAAAACUAGUGUCGGACUAGUCGUGUAUCGGAAGGGCGAUGCCAGGGAUAACCAAGUAUAAUUUAGUGGAUGAUGCACAGGACUUGAGGAUCCCCAUGCACAACGAGGCYGCAUUUCAGCAUGGGGUCUGCUUUGAGGCAAAGUACAUUGGCAGUCUGGAAGUCGGUCGUCCAAAUAGCCGAAUGGAGAUAGUGGCUGCAAUGAGAAGGAUACGGUAUGAAUUCAAAUUGAAGAACAUCAAGAAGAAGAAAGUCAACAUCAUCGUGUCUGCGGAUGGUGUAAGGGUGGUUUUGCGGAAAAAGAAAAAGAGGAAAGAGUGGUCUUGGGAUGACAAUACAGUCAUGAUAACACAAGACCCCAUCUACAGGAUUUUCUAUGUGUCACAUGACGCGCAGGACUUGAAGAUCUUCAGUUACAUUGCGAGAGAUGGAAAGAGCAACAUGUUCCGUUGUAAUGUCUUCAAAUCCAAGAGGAAGUCCCAGGCCAUGCGCAUCGUGCGGACGGUGGGCCAGGCCUUUGACGUGUGCCACCAGCUGACCCUGCAGCAGACAGGGGAACAGAUCUCAGAGGAUGGAGGGGACACCAGCACUGCCGACGCAGAGGGGGCAGACGCAGUGCCAGCCAAGAAGAGGUUGGCAUUGUCUGAUUCCACUGACCUUGAAGCCACUACAGAGGAAAGCAUCGACCGUUUGUCAUCCGACCAGGACAAGACCAAGAGCCAGGACCUCAGUAAAGAUGGGAAGGACCCAACCCAGCAGUUGACCUCAUCCAGGUCGGGACAACCUGUGUCAAGCUUGCUAGCUGUGGACUGCUCUGUGGCACACCAAGUGCAGCUUCUCCAGAGACAGCUCCAGCAGCAGGAGCAGCAGGCCCAGGCUGCUGCAGCACAGGUGCGCGUUCUCCAGGACCAGCUGUCAGUGGAGGUGUGUGCCAGGACAGACGCCCAGGCCCGGGUCCAGAGACUCCUACUGCAGAACACUGAUCUACUGCAGCACAUCUCCCUACUGGUCAAUCAGAUCCAGGAGCUGGAGCUCAAAUCUGUUGCAGGACUCAGCUCCAUGGGCUCCCAAGACAGUCUGCUGGAGAUUACCUUCCGUGCCAAGCCCCCCUCCGUGCUACAUGACAUCACCACCACCCACACCUCCAUGGGCCCCCUGCAGGGUCAGCCCCAGAUAACCAAUGGCCCCUGGGCCUCCAUCCUACCAGGGGCCUCUCCUCCAGGGACCAGGGCCCCGGACAGCCACUCUCUGGGCCCGGGCGGAGUGAGGCUGGAGUGCUUCCGCUUCCCCCGCAGUGGGGGAGGGGACAACCACGAGAGCCAGAACCAGGAGGCUGAGAGUCCAUGCUCGGGCUGCCCAGGCGGGGACUCCCCUCUYGGGGGAGGGGAGGUUCUUGGAGCCCUGGAGCUCCUCCGUUUCCGGGAGUCGGGGAUUGGUUCGGAGUACGAGUCCAACGCGGAUGAGAGCAGUGACAGGGACAGCUGGGGGCGGGGCGAGGGGACACGACCUGAGGGCGCGGCACUCCUGUUCAACGUAAUGAAUGCGGAGAGCCCCGCGGACUGUCUGGGUGAUGAGGUGGCCGUGUAGCCCUCCGCGGCUUCGACUUCACCCAAGAACGAAAUCAUAUCACACAGUCUACAGUUCUACAGUUCUAUGGUGUUAACUGUUCACCGCCCUCCAAACUCUGCUCUGCAGUCCUUUUGUUUGAUAUUUGUUUAUAGUUGUUGUUUGUGUGUUGCAUUUUUUGUACUUGUUGGAUAUUUUAUUAUUCGUUUUUGUUUAUAUUUGGUCACAUUUGUCUGAUGUUUGUUUAUAUGUGUUGCAGUUAUUUCCAUGUGUUUCUUGAAUGUGUUUACAUUUGUCCAUAUAUUUUGUCUCGGCACUUGACUUGCUGCUGCUGUUCCUGCUCUCCUGGGCUUACUGCAGUGUAGUUGUAGUCUGUGUCACAGCCGUCUAAAUAUAUGGUUCUGGUCUGUGUUAUUGAACCAUUGUGUAGUAGUGAAACACACCCAGCAUGGCCAGUCGUUGGCGUUGUUUUUUGAUGAAAAGACUUUGAAUGGAUUGAAAAUGAAUAAACGUCUAAUGUAAAGACUGUGUACUUCAAAAGCCUGCUGUACUGUAGUGCUGUAUUACAUGACUGCAUCUCAUUUGUGAUGGACAAUUGAUUCAAGACAGUUUACAAGUUCAAGUUUUCCUCCACCAUGAUGCUCCAUGCAAUAUGUCCUCUUUCCCAAGAGUUUGGUGCAAUUCACUUUUGAGCAAACUCAAUAUCAUAC